GUUCUUUUCGCUCUGCGUCUGUUAACACCACUUAAUAUAAAAGACAUUCAGUACAUCCAAGUUUUAUCAAAUAACAUUUUAAAAUGAAGAAAGGAAAGAAGGUUCAAGACAAGGAUAAACCAAAAAGACCUCAAACUGCAUUCAUGUUGUGGUUGAACGAAAUUAGGAAUAAAAUUAAGUCCAAAAAUCCAGAUAUGAAAGUAACAGAGAUAGCCAAGGAAGGAGGACGACAAUGGAGAGAAUUGAAGGAUAAAUCUAAAUGGGAGACGAAGGCUAAGGAAUUCAAAAGGUUAUAUGAAGAAGCAAUGCAGGCCUACAAAGCAAAGCAGGAUGUAGACUAAGAGUUUAAUCUUUUCAAUGUUUAGAUAUAAUUCUUUUGUACUGUGUGUAUUAAUAUGUUAAAAGUGAAUAAAUAAAGUUAUAAGAUUAGUAAAUAAA